AGCUUGAAACAAGCAAGGAAAGAAGCAAAACUAGCUGGGGACACAUCUGGUGUGGAGAUUCGUGGCGAAAUUGAAGAAAAGGAAAGACGAAGAAAUCGUCCCAAGAACUUAGAAGUUGCUGUGUUCAUCCAGGAAGGGUUCCUCUCACUGGUCGAACACAAAGUUCAGGGAGACAUCGAAACCUGGUUAAGGAAUUCACCUCCAAAGUGGACAAUAGAGCAAGCUAAGAAGACAAGUUUUGCUUUCAAAGAUGAAGAUGAUGGAGAUGAAGCUGAAACCUAGAUGAACACCUGAGCUAUCAAUGUGGCAUUUCACAAAUGUUUCUCUACCCUCCUAUGGGAUUGAACUUGACAGGAUGCAUGUGUAUUUGCC